AAAAAAAAUAUCAAAUUUGAGAUUUGGGGGUUCUGGAUUCUUAUAUCUCAUCUUUUCUACUUUAUUUUGUUUCCGGGCUGGUGGAUGAAAAAUGUUUCUUUUUACUUUUAUAACUCUGGGAUUUACACUUUAUUUACAUCGGUGCUUUUACUAUACAAGGGUUUGUUCCUGUUUUUCUUUUUUUUGGUUUGGAACACCUGUCGAUGAUGCAUGGGAUAUCACUUCUUACUCUCCAACCAACUUCUCAGGCAGAAAGGCUUGUGAGAUGUCAGGCACCCAUGAGCUCAUGUUCAUGACCUGCAUCGCUUCCCAGCCUUCCUUGGUGGUAGUUCUGGUGCUCGAUGCGUAGCUUACUCGGCUCUAGUGUUGGCGAUGUCUCUUCCUGGUUAUCUAUUUUUUAGUUAACGGGGAGUUUUAAAUCCACUGCUAGCAGACCAGUACGCACCAGAAAGCCCUCUACUCCAACUCCUA